AAAGCGAUUUAUAAAAAAAAAAGGGUAAUCCCUCCUCUGAUCGAUUCCUCCCUCUUAAAUCUUUUCCACUAUUAUAGGGAUUUUACCACAUCAUUCAUUCGGAAAAUGGCAUCUAAGCUUGCCCAGCUUCAAUCGAAGGCUUGCCAGGCUUCGAAAUUCGUGGCGAAGCACGGGACCGCUUAUUACAAGCAGCUGCUUGAGAACAACAAGCAGUAUGUCGUUGAUCCGCCCACUGUUGAGAAGUGCCGGGAUCUCUCUAAGAAGUUGUUUUAUACUCGUCUCGCAAGCAUUCCUACCCGACAAGAGGCAUUCUGGAAGGAGCUUGAUGGCUUGAAGCAAGUAUGGAAAAAUAGGAAGGAGCUGAAGGUUGAAGAUGCCGGGGUUGCAGCUCUUUUUGGGAUUGAGUUGUAUGCAUGGUUCUGUGUCGGUGAGAUUGUAGGAAGAGGGUUCACAUUUACUGGCUACUAUGUCUGAUAAAAUUACUAGCAGACUUUAACAUGCAAAAUUUUGUUUUCCUUUGAGAAGUUCUCAAGCUGCUUGGGUCAGCUAGACGAAGUUCAGUGCCAAAAUAAUUGGAUGGUUUUGUUGAGAUAUUCUUUACUUGCCUUUUUGAUGUAAUCUGGUUGCAUUACUUUGUAUCAGUUUAAACUAUCAGAAGAUGUUUUUUUUUGUUAUGAA